AUGGUAGCCCUUAAUAUCCUAACCUUGCUUGCCUUGCCGGCUACCCUCGCCUCAGCAUCACCCGUAAUUCGUCCUGCUACAAGUCUUCUGGUCAGAGACCCUACCUCCUACAAUGCCAGUUUACCCAACGUUACUAUCUUUGCGACCGGGGGGACUAUUGCAGGAAGUGCCAGUAGCAAGGACCAAACGACCGGCUACCAAGCAGGUGCCCUGGGAGUCCAAGUCCUGAUUGACGCUGUGCCCGAGAUCCUAAAUGUCUCCAACGUCAAGGGAGUGCAGAUUGCCAAUGUGGAUUCCGGCAACAUCACGCCUGCCAUUCUGCUGAAUCUGACACAUCAGAUCCAGGAAGAGCUAGCCAGCCCCUAUUGCCAAGGCGUUGUCGUUACCCACGGAACAGAUACGCUUGAGGAGUCCGCUUUCUUCCUUGAUUUGACAACCCGAUCUGAGAAACCGGUGGUGGUUGUCGGAGCGAUGCGGCCCGCUACAGCUAUCAGCGCCGAUGGGCCCAUCAAUCUUCUUGAAGCUGUGACUCUGGCAGCGAGCCCAGGGGCUCGUGGCCGUGGAACCAUGGUCGUGUUGAACGACAGGAUAGCGAGUGCUUACUUCACCACCAAGACGAAUGCAAACUCUCUAGACACCUUCAAGGCUUACGAGCAAGGAUUCCUGGGCUUCUUUAUUAAUAUUGAGCCCAUCUUCUAUUCAACCCCCAGCACGCCGCUAGGAAAACCUUACUUUGAUGUCGCCAAUACAACUGUGCUGCCUCAAGUGGAUGUCCUAUACGGCUAUCAGGGGUUGAACCCAGCUCUUGCUACAGCCGCCGUCGCAAGUGGAGCUAAGGGUUUGGUGCUUGCGGGCAUGGGUGCCGGUGGCUGGACCGACCCAGGCAGGGAUGUGAUCCAGCAGCUUGUUGAGCAAAACGAGACUGCCGUCGUUUUUUCUCGACGCACAAUGGAUGGCUAUGUGGAGCCCAACGAUUCAGUCGGCUACGGCGGUGGCUUUCUGAGCCCCCAGAAAGCGCGCAUCACUCUGCAGCUCUCUUUAAAUGCAGGGUACGGCCCAGCUCAGAUGAAGACAGUCUUUGAGUCUUCUUCAAAGUAG